AUGAAGCUUGCUCAGCUUGAUGAGCCAGGUCCCAAAAUCCAGGCAAACGGCAUCAAUUGGACUGAUGUCCUUGUCUUCCAGCCAAGCUCAUAUCUCCGUUUGACGUUGGUAUUGGACCUCAGUCUGCGAAAGGGGAGACUAGCCGAGGAUGGAGACUUUCCCGUGAGCCUUAGAGGCUUGUUUGCUGCCGAGCUUAGUCCGCUCCAAAGUCUGGUCCAAACCAACGGGACAAACCGCAUUGAAAAACCUCAUCACGACUAUAUCUUGUCUCCAAGAACGCUUGACCCCUCUGCUCUUUUGUUCGAUGAUGAAGGAUCUCGACCGCAAGAACAGUCUCCUAUAUCAGGUAUUCAAGAGAAUACUCUUGAAGGUUUAGAAGACGAGAUUUAUUUGCAUUUGGCUGGCGGGAUGACAGGCAAAGACAUGUCUUUUUCACACGAUUCUAGCGUUUUCGAUGUCUGA